AUGGGCCGUCGAACUCAGCGAGUACGAUAUAGAUAUCGCCCCAGGACGAGUGCAAAGUCUCAAGUCCUCGCGGAUUUCUUGGUGGAGUUGCCAACCAAAGCCAUAACUAACAAAGACCCUAACUCAACCUGGCUCCUCCACGUUGACGGAUCGUCGUCAAAACAAGGAUACGGCAUCGGCAUCCGUUUGACGUCACCGAGCAGAGAGAUCCUCGAACAAUCGUUUAGAUUAAAGUUCCAGGCCUUGAAUAACGAGGCAGAGUACGAGGCCCUUAUCGCGGGAUUACGAUUAGCCCACGGUUUGAAAAUACGAAAUAUCCAUGCUUACUGCGACUCUCAACUCGUUGCAAAGUAUAGCGGGGAGUACGAAGCCAGGGACGAAAGGAUGGAAGCAUACCUCAAACUAGUCCAAAACUUAUCCCAGGACUUUGAUUCUUUCGCCCUGACUAGAAUUCCUCGUUCCGAGAAUAUGCAAGCAGACGCACUCGCAGCCCUGGCCUCGAGUUCAGAUCCGGGACUUAAAAGAAUAAUCCCGGUAGAGUUCAUUGAACAUCCAAGCAUUGGACCUCCCGUCAUCAUCAAUCUUAUUCAAGAUGAUAACGAGGACGAAAACGCAGUCAAAUCAGAAGAAACGCUAGAACAAAACGAAUAUGGCUGCGAUGCGCCGUGGCUAGAGGCGAUACGAGCGUAUAUCAUCGACGGAAAAUUACCUCCUGAGAAGUGGGCGGCUCGAAAAGUCGGAACCCAAGCUGCCCGUUAUGUAACGGUCGACGGAGAAAUUUACAAAUGGAAAUUCUCUGGACCACUCAUGACUUGUCUGGAGGGACAUAAGGCCAGAAAAGUAAUGGAAGAAGUUCACGCUGGUUCCUGCGGAAAUCAUUCCGGCGUAAAAAUAAAACGCCACGGAUACUACUGGCCAACGAUGAUCGGAGACUGCGAAAAAUUCACACGAAAAUGUGAAAAAUGCCAGAGGCACGCUCCAACUAUUCGGCAGCCUGCGGAAGAACUCUCCUCCAUUACGUCACCAUACCCCUUCAUGCGUUGGGAUAUGGAUAUCGUAGCCUCUUCACAAGUCCAAACAAAAACGCUUCCUGCUGGUCCUCACAGAUUUCUUUUCAAAAUGGGUAGAAGCCGAAUCAUACGCAAAUCAACCCCCACAUAUCCGCAGUGCAACGGACAGGCGGAAACAAUCAAUAAGACCGUCCUUGACGGACUUAAGAAACGCCUGGACGAAAAGAAAGGGAGAUGGGCGGAGGAACUCGAAGGAGUCCUCUGGUCACACCGCACAACUCCGAGACGAGGAACGGGAGAAACACCCUUCGCCCUCGUAUACGGCACCGAGUGCAUGAUUCCCGCAGAAGUCGAAUUUCCCGGGAUCCGUAGACGGCUUCUCCCAGAACGGGAAGAAAUAAACAAUGCCAUGUUAUUGGAUAACCUCGAUCUCGUCAACGAGCAACGAGACCGGGCCCUAACCCGAAUCCAAAAUUAUCAACACGCAGCCGCAAAAUACUAUAACUCUAACGUCCGAAAUCGCCGAUUUCACUUAGGAGACUUAGUUUUGCGCAAAGUUUUCCAGAACACUGCUGAACGAAACGCAGGAAAGCUAGGAGCCAACUGGGAAGGACCGUAUAAGAUCAUAAAAGUCGUCCGGCCUGGUUCCUAA